UCGCAUACGGAAUUGUUAGAUUAAACGAACUAUGGAUACGCAAUCUAAAUUUGUUUGGACAAAUAAUAAAUUCAUAGAUAAAUAUUUUAAUAUAUUAUAAUUUUUUAUUACAAAGCAAAAUUAUUUGAAUGGCCGAUGGAGUGGAAAACACAAACACUAACGUGAAACCAGAAAAAAUAGAAAAAAACAAAUCAAAAGAAAAGAAAAAGUCAAAAGAUCAAAAGCUUUCGGUGUUAGAAUCGCACGGGUACAGUGUGGGCCGAAGCGUGGGUAGUGGAUCGUAUGCUACCGUUAAGAUUGCACAUUCCGAACGCCAUAAGUGCAAUGUGGCAAUCAAAAUCGUUUCCAAACUUCAAGAGGCUCCAGAUUAUUUAGAAAAAUUCCUCCCCAGAGAAAUAGAAGUAGUCAAAGGCCUCAAACACGAGAAUUUAAUCAGAUAUUAUCAAGCAAUCGAAACGACUCACCGGGUUUAUAUCAUUAUGGAAUACGCAGAAAAUGGUUGUCUAUUGGACAUCAUUAAAAGAGAUGGUAAAAUAGACGACGAUAGGGCUCGGAAAUGGUUCAUGGAACUUGUCAACGCUAUAGAAUAUUGCCACAAAAAAGGAGUCGUUCACAGAGACAUAAAAUGUGAAAACUUGUUGAUGGACACAAAUUACAAUAUCAAGCUAUCAGAUUUCGGGUUCGCGCGUAAUAAUAUGAUAAAGAAAAACGGUCAGAUGAAAACGAGCAACACGUUUUGCGGCAGUUACGCUUACGCGUCGCCAGAAAUAUUAAAAGGCAUACCUUACCAGCCCAACGCUUCUGACAUUUGGUCUAUCGGAGUAGUGCUUUACGCCAUGAUAUUUGGGACUCUGCCCUUUGACGACUCGACCUAUCCAAAGUUACUGAAACAAGUUCAAAAGCCAGUAACAUUCCCUCGAGACAUAAUUAUUUCUGAUGCCUGUAAACAGAUGAUAAUAAAAUUACUGUCACCAUUGAAAGAACGUUUGCACAUAUCAGAUAUAAAAACUCAACCAUGGAUUAGUCUGGCAAUUACAAGUCCUACUACUACUGAUAAAAGCGAUCCUGAAAAAUCAGUAACUUGACGAGUAAAAAAUUCUUUUAAAUUGAGUGCUUGGCAUAAGGUUCAAAAAAUUGUGACACAGUAAAAAAUCUUCGUAUUCUCUGCUAUGCCCAUUAUGCAAUAAAAAGUGAUGCAACAAUACAAUUUCUUGUGACCAUUGUUGAACUUGGUACCAUAUCAAGUGUUUAAAUAAUAAGUAUACCAAAAAAAAAAAAAAAAAAAAAAAUGGUUUUGUUAAUACUGUUAAUUAUAUGCUUUAAUUUGUUUACAAAAUAAAUGAAAUGAUUUAUUGAAAUAUUUGAAAUAACACUUAGUUAAUAUCAAUUUUUAAAUUGUUUAAGUAUAGGUAUCUAAAACCAGUAAAACCUAAAGUUAUAGACGAAUAGUUAUUAUAAUAUUUAAAUAUUUAAUAAUAUAAUAAUUAAUGUAUAAUGUACAGGAUCACUGUAGAUAAAUUAUGGAACUGGCUUAUAAUCUAUAUACCUAUCAUAUGAGCCCAAACUUGAUUGUUACAUAACUGAGUUGUUAUAAAAUAUUAAAUUAACACAAUAUACGUGUACUUAUAUAGAAAGCAAUAAUAUUGACUUUCCAAUCAAUUUUAUUUUUUCGUAUAAUAUCUAGAUCAAAUAUUUUUAAUCAAUAGAUAGAUAUUUUGGAUUUUUAAUUAUUAUUAACUUGUUUAAAAUUGUAUUUAUUAAUAUAGACCGGUUGAAAAUGAAGCCAAGA